CAUCUGCUCUGAGGGGCCGCAGGAGCAGCGCUGCCAGAGAUGGGUUUGUUUCUGUUUUGGGGUCCGGGAGGCUGAGAGCCACACCCUCCGCUCAGCAAGGCUCCUUCUUUGCCUGGGCACCAGUUGCGGAAUUUCUCCAUCAUACGAUCACCGGGUUCGUGGACUACUACUCUUUGUUUGAUUCAAGCCCAGCCGCGGAUCAGGUUUCGUUCCGGCCGCGCCUCAGCGCCGCCCGCCCGCCCGGAGCGCUGAGGCGGCUGCACCGCGGCGCCGGAAGGAGGCGGCUCGCCAUGCCAAAGUUACGAAAACCUCAAGGAGGGAAGCAAGAGAAAAAAGUUAUCCAUCCGUACAGCAGAAAAGCUGCACAGCUUGCAAGGGAAGUACACAAACAGGAAAAGAAAGAAAAGUUGAAGACUGACAAAGCUUUGCGUUUAAGUAUUAUUGGAGAAAAACUGCAAUGGUUUCAAAGUCACCUUGAUCCCAGUAAAAUCGAGUACACAAAGAAGGAAGCUGGUGAACUAAUUGAAAGUUAUAUGUGUCGAUUCAAUGCUGAAUUGGAGCAGAUUGAAUUGCAAAACAGUAUUAAAGGCAGACAAGGAAGACAGCAUGGUUCACGGGAAACUGUCAUCAAACAGACAAUAGAACGUGAAAGACAACUCUAUGAGGGCUAUGGAAUAGAAAUUCCAGACAUUAUGAACAGAAAGCAUCUUAAAUUUUUCAGAGAAUGGGAUGGUGAUCUAAAGAAACUGCCAAACAUCAGAAUGAAAAAGCUCUCAGCUAAGGAUGCUGCCUGCAGUCACCCUGAGGUGACAGAUGCAAAAGCAAAAGAAGACUUGAAUGAAGAAGAAGAGGUGGGCCCUGAUGAGCACCAGCCGAUUCAAGAGCUGAAAUAGUGAACGGAAUUGUAAGAAACCUAUUUUAAUUAUCACUGGAAACAAAAAUAAAAUUUAACUGUAUUUCUAAAGGC